UCCCUGCACCUCACUGACAUGUUUAUCCCGCUUUUCUUAAACCAUGCGGGCUAAACGGAAGAUGUUUGACAGACCGAGCCUCUGUUGUCCGCGCACAGCAUCAGACACCAAGUGAAACCUUUCAGAGAGAGGCACCACGCAAGCGCGUAAAGGAGACAGAUUUGGACACCUGAUUUCGGCCUCUGGCGGUGCAGACAUACGGUGGAUUAUUAUCAGCAUGGACAAAUGGGGGAAAGAGGACAGAUCGCUGCGUUGACUCGCGGAGCAGCGCGCACAGUCUUGACGCUAUAGCGUUACGCAUUUAUUUCACUGAGAGUCGUUGUUUUUUCUUUCUUUCCUCCUUCUCUCGCCGCUGCGGCUCAACAUCAGAAUAAAAAGUCAUACAUCUGUGGAUAAGGAGGAGAGCGGGGUGUUGUCGGAGAGGGAUGAGAGGAGGAGGGGGCCACUAUGAGGUGUGCUUUUUUUGGGAAAAGCCGGAGAGAGAAGACGGACGCCGAGAAACUGUGCUGAUGUGCGAGACCCCGCGACGCGCUGCCCUCCUGAGAAAUAACUGCGAUCGGGAAAGAAAUGGCCUAGUUAGACGCUCCUCAUCAUCAUCACCAUCGGCACACCGACAGAGGACGGAGCAGAAGAAUCGCAUGGACGGGCCAUCAUCACCAUCAUCAUCCUCGUCAUCAUCAUAAUUCCGGUGCUUGCAUCGAGACCCUUUAGGUGUAAUUGGCUCACUGACUGCAGCUCUGGACCCAUCAGGAGCGUCGAGGAGAAAGACGGAUGAGACCACAGAGUCUACCUGAGAAUGCUACCUGACCCUCCGCCUCACCAUGUCACCCUAGGAGAACCGUUAAGCUGUCCCUUUUCACACACCCUCUUUUUGCCUUUGUUAUCCCCCAUAACCCACUGAGUUUGUGAUCCCUGUCUACAUCCUAGUGAUACGACUAAAAGAGCCUUUAUUUUGGACAUGUUGUUUUUUCCUUUCAAUGCUGCCAGCCACCAAGGCUAUGGUGGGAAGCAUCAUUAUACUUCUCAGCAGAUUGCUAAUCUCUGCCUGGUGUGGCUCUCAGGACUAGCGCUGCACCUGACCCUCUCCUCGUGUCAGCGGGUUGAUCUGAAACACCCCAUAGUGUCCACAGGCUAUGGAAAGGUCCGUGGUAUCAGGAAGGACCUGAGCAAUGAGAUCCUGGGCCCAGUGGAACAGUACUUAGGAGUGCCGUAUGCCACCGCACCCAUUGGCGAGCGUCGCUUCCAGCCUCCUGAAGCUCCAGGCUCCUGGCAAGAGAUCCGCAAUGCCACCCAAUUUGCGCCUGUGUGUCCCCAGAACGUGCACGGGGUUUUACCAGAGAUCAUGCUACCCGUGUGGUUCACGGACAACCUGGAUGCUGCAGCGAAUUAUGUUCAGAACCAGAGUGAGGACUGCCUUUACCUCAACAUAUACGUGCCCACUGAAGAUGGUCCACUCACAAAAAAACAGGAUGAGUCUACAAUGAACAGACCAAGGGAUGAAGAUAUUCGGGAUCGUCGCAAGAAGCCGGUCAUGCUGUUCAUCCACGGAGGCUCUUACAUGGAGGGCUCAGGGAACAUGUUUGACGGCAGCAUCCUUGCUGCCUAUGGAAACGUCAUCGUAGUCACCAUGAACUAUCGGCUCGGCGUCCUCGGGUUUCUGAGCACAGGGGACCAGUCUGCUAAGGGGAACUAUGGCUUGUUGGACCAGAUCCAAGCGCUGCGCUGGCUCAACGAAAACAUUGGCCACUUUGGAGGAGACCCAGAGAGAAUCACAAUCUUUGGCUCUGGAGCCGGUGCCGCCUGUGUGAACCUCCUCAUCCUCUCGCACCACUCCGAGGGCCUGUUCCAGAGGGCCAUCGCUCAAAGUGGCUCCGCCAUCUCCAGCUGGUCAGUCAACUACCGACCGCUGAUGUACACAAAGAUCCUGGCGAGGAAGGUUGGCUGCACUCUGGGGGACAUGGCCGACUUAGUGGACUGCUUGCGGAGGAAGAGUUUCCGGGAGCUGGUGGACCAAGACAUCCAGCCUGCACGCUAUCACAUCGCCUUCGGACCCGUGGUGGACGGAGACGUGGUGCCAGAUGACCCUGAGAUCCUCAUGCAGCAGGGCGAGUUUCUCAACUACGACAUAUUGCUGGGCGUCAACCAGGGAGAGGGCCUGAAGUUUGUGGAUGACAGCGAAGGAGAAGAUGGAAUCUCAGCAGCAUCAUUUGACUACACCAUCUCUAACUUUGUGGACAAUCUGUAUGGAUACCCUGAUGGUAAGGAUAUCCUGAGGGAAACCAUAAAAUUCAUGUACACUGACUGGGCUGACAGGGACAACAGUGACAUGCGGAGAAAGACCCUCCUGGCUCUGUUUACCGACCAUCAGUGGGUGGCCCCAGCUGUCGCCACUGCCAAGCUGCACGCCGAGUUCCAGUCGCCUGUCUACUUCUACACCUUCCACCACCACUGUCAGACCGAGGCCAGGCCAGAAUGGGCAGACGCAGCCCACGGAGAUGAGAUCCCAUAUGUGUUUGGGAUUCCCAUGGUGGGAGCCACUGACCUGUUUCCCUGUAACUUCUCGAAGAACGAUGUAAUGCUCAGUGCUGUAGUCAUGACUUACUGGACCAACUUCGCCAAGACAGGGGAUCCUAACCUACCAGUUCCUCAGGACACCACCUUCAUCCACACCAAGCCCAACCGCUUUGAGGAGGUCAUCUGGACCAAGUUCAGCUCCAAAGAUAAGCAGUACCUGCAUAUCGGCCUGAAGCCUCGUGUCAGAGACAACUACCGGGCCAACAAGGUGGCCUUCUGGCUGGAGCUGGUGCCACACCUCCACAGCCUCCAUGAGGAAAUCAUUAGCUCCUUUACAACUCCACCUGGAGGCCCCAAUCGCUGGAAGGGCCCUCAAAAUCCUGGUACCCGCUCCACACGACACCCUGUAAUCUCCACCUAUCCUCCUGAUCCUGAGCCUGAUGGUUCAGAGAGACCCCGCUCUCCUCCCUUCCCCAGUGCAACCAGGGACUACUCCACCGAGCUGAGUGUGACGGUAGCUGUGGGCGCCUCGCUUCUUUUCCUGAACGUACUGGCCUUCGCUGCGCUUUACUACAAACGGGACAAGCGCCACGAACUCAUGCAGAGACGCCACAGACGACUCUCCCCACAACGAGGCACGACCAUGGGCAUGGGUGUUGGAAUGGGAGUAGUAGGGUCCCCGCCGCACAAUGACCUGGCGCUAAGCCAGGAGGAGGAGCUGAUGUCACUGCAGAUGAAGCAGCAAAGAGUGGAGCUGGAGCACGGCACACCCCUCCCGUCCCGCGGUGUCCUCGGCGACCUGGAGCCCCUGCGGCCCCCAGUGUGCCCGCCUGACUACACGCUGGCCCUGCGGCGAGCACCGGAGGAUGUGCCACUGAUGACGGCCAACACCAUCACCAUGAUCCCGAGCACCAUCAGCAGCAUGCAGCCUCUCCACCCUUUCAACACCUAUCCCCCUGUCCCAGCCCCCUCCACUACACCCGUCCCCAGCCACAGCAACAAUGCCCUGCCACACCAACACUCCACCACCCGUGUAUAGGACCAGGCACAACCUCUGCUACCCCACUCUGGGCUUACAGAGACACACCACACAAACUGUUCCAUACACACUUCACUCUCGCCGCCCUCUCUUUCUCUACUAUAUCUCUGUCUUUUUCGCAUCGAGCCCUCAGAUAAAGCUGCAGUUUGUAAGAUGUGAAGCAGUGAAAUACCUCUAAAAUGUUAUCAUGAAUCAAGGAGCUGAUUUUUAAAAACACUUUGCCAAAAGCCUGUCAUCAUAGGUACAUACUGUUUUGCCCUGUUAACACCCUUUCAGUAUCUGGUGCUUAAUGUUAGCCACCAAAACAACAGCUUUAAGCUUGUAGCUCUCUCUAUCACAAGCUCAUCACAAUCAGUCAGGCAUCGUGCGUGCAGCUUGGUUGUUUUUCGCGCAUGUGUAGCCGCGUCAGUGUAAAACUAAGUUUAACAUAGAAUACAAAUAGUCAUUUUCAUUCGUUUAGUGCAGAGAUAUUACAGUAGCGAGCAGCUUUGUGUGAGGCGACAUAUGCUCCGACAAGCUGUCUGUCAUAAAGCGGUGAUUUCUAGAAACUUACAAAUUGCAGCUUUAAAGGCCCAAUCUGGAAGUGAGGUUUGGCACCCUGUGUCGAACGCAAUGUCCCGACAGCUGUCUCUGUGAUCUGAUUUCGGGGAGAAUUUACUUAGUGUGAAAUGUAUGGACAGGCCAGGGUGUGAGAGGAUGAACGCUAUAUGCAAAGAACGAGUUUCUCAUUUUAAUUUGAAAACUUAAUUUCCUCUAUUUACAAGCGUGUGUUGCUGUUCUCAGUUAUGAUGCGAGCUAAAGGCCAAAAUCCAAAAGUUCUGCUUUUUAAAAAUCUGCACACACAGAGCUGAUGCUUUCAGAACAUUUCCAGAUUGGGGCUUCAACUGACGGGCGGUACAGGAAAUAACUGAAUCAUACUCGGUCUGCGGGACGCAACCUGGAAUCCAGGCUGCCCAUUAGAACUCGCUGCAUCUCCGCCACACAGGCUCUAAUCAUGGCCAUUACUUUAUUUGUUUCUCUCUCAUUAUCUCUCUGUCUGUAUCCCCCAUCUCAGCUCAUUUAACUGCUUCUCUCUCCAUCUCUCCGUCUGCAUCCUCCCUUAGUAGCUCUUUUUAUUAAACCAUCGCCAUAAUCCACUUUCAUCUCCACCUCUCCCCUCUUUCUCACAAUCACUUCUAGACUCUUUUUUCCUUUUGGAGUCUUUUAUACAAAAACACAAAUGUAAAUGAUGUAUUAUUAAUAAAUUGUAAGGAUAUGAAUGAAAAAAAAAGAUAUUCUGAUAUCUCGUUUUUACCAGCAUUCUUGGUGCCAAGUACUGUGAUAAAGUUCCUCUUUCACUGGCGUCCAGUGGACCGCCUGGAGAGGUCCGUUCUGACUGUAUCUUACAAAAGGAAUUACCAUCAUAAAAAGUGCCAACCCCCCCCUCAUCUUUCUUUUGGAUCCACACAGGUUUUAUUUUAUUUUAAUUACACUCAAUGUUGCACUGUGGCUGGUCUCUUCUUUAAAGGGAAAUCAGAUCAAAUCAAUAUAUCCUCAUUUAAAAAAGAAGAAUAUAAAGUUUUAUUAACUACUUUGCUGUCUGGGAUAUAUUUGCAUGAUGUUUUUUUUUCCUAAAGAGU